UAUUAGUGAAGGAAAAAGAAAAAAAAAUAUACAAUUUUUAUUUUUUUUCUUCCUCUCUCUCUUAUCUAAAAAAGCAAUGGAACCUAACGAAAGGCACCACCACCACCACCAACACCAACACCAGCAGCAGCAGCAUCACCAUCUCACUUCUCCUUACUACAACCCUUACCACCACCACAAUCCCGCCGCACCGCCGCCGACCACUUCCACCAACAACGGUAAUCUGACAUCACCACCACCACCGCCACCGUCGACGAACGAUGGAUCUUCCUCCUCUCUCUCUGUUUACCCUCACUCUGUUCCCUCUUCCGCCGUCACGGCUCCGAUCGAUCCCGUCAAGAGGAAGAGAGGCCGUCCCAGGAAGUACGACACGCCUGCUCAAGCCCUAGCUGCUAAGAAACUGGCGUCUUCCGCUAGCAAUUCGUCCGCCAGGGAGAGGAGAGAGCAGGCCGCCGCCGCCGCCGGCGGCGUUUCGCCUCCGUCGAAAUCAGGGUCGAGAAAGGCCCUUUCGGGCUACGUCGGGAAAACUGGGCAAAGUUUUACUCCACACAUUGUUAAUAUAACUCCUGGUGAGGAUGUGGCUCAGAAAAUUAUCCUUUUCGCUGAGCAAAGCAAGCAUGAGAUAUGCAUUCUUUCUGCAUCUGGCGCCAUCUCUCAUGCAUCCUUGUCUCACAUAGCUACCGGAACCAGUGUAUCUUAUCAGGGUCAGUACGAGAUCCUCUCACUGAGCGGAUCUUAUAUUCGGAGCGAACACGGUGGGAAAACUGGUGGCCUUAGCAUUUGUUUAUCUAGUUCGGAUGGUCAGAUCCUCGGUGGAAGAGUUGGGGGACUCCUUGAAGCUGCUGGUCCAGUGCAGGUGAUUGUGGGUACAUUUAAGCUAGAGAAAAAGAAGGAUGGAGGAAAUGAUGUGAAAGGAGAUGAUGCUUCAGGAAGUGGAAGCUUGUUACAAUCUCCUUCUGGCGGCACAGAAUCUUUAAAUGUCUAUCAUCCAAGUAUGGAAUCUUCCGGAAGAAAUCUAAACAGCGAGCAUCAUACUAUGACUAGUAGCGCAUUGGGUGGUGGGGCUCAUUUCAUGAUGCAACCACCUCAGGGCAUGCACAUGACACAUGCCAGGCCUUCUGAAUGGGGCGGUACUGGGUAUGAUUUGUCAGGAAUGAGAGGAAAUGGGUCAUCAGAAAAUGGGGAUUAUGAGUAAAUGGCAAGCUUAGUACACUAGUUUCUGGAGAAGGUGUGUGUAGAGAGGUUUAUGAUGGAAAGUGAAGUUUGAGCAUGAAUCAAUCAUCAUACAAUGUCCCAAGGAUAUUUUCAUUGCAAAGGGAGAGGCAAAACUAGACUGUGAUGCUUUUUGUUUUCUUGGUUCAGUGUAAUAUUAUAGUAAACUUUGACAUCUUUUUUCUGGAUUCUGUUUCACUUCUUCCUUUUUUAUUUUGUUUCUUCUCUUCAUAUAAUCAGUUUUCUUUUGGGGUUUAUUUCUCAUUUUAGAUCAUUUGUUUUGAUAAUUAGCUUUAAAGUUAUACUUGUUUUUUUUUCUCUC